AAGUUUUGGCAAGAGUUUGACAUUUUAUAAUAGUCUUGAAAUGUGAUACCUGACUUACAGAUAAAAGGUGUGCACUGUCGAUACGCCCCCACUGAUCGAUCACCACCACCUUAAAACAGCGUGCAGACAGAACGCAGCUACAGUCCUGAUACUGCGAACAAAUCAGAGACAUGGAGUCUGACCAAACUGGAGAAAUCGGAGAUCCCCAACCUGCAGACGCAGAGAUGCAGACCAUCUGUGACUCUGUGAAGAGUGAAGUGGAGAAGCUCACAGGAGAGAAUUAUAAGAUUUUCAGAGCCUUAUCCUACAAGAAACAAGUUGUACUGGAUAUAACUACUUCAUCGAGGUCUUCAUUGGGAACGGCAAAUAUCUGGAGGUGGAUGUGUUUGUGGGGCUGCCUCACAUCAGCACUGGACCAGUCGUCACCAAAGUCUGGCUGAUCCUUAAGAAAAAAGUCCCACUUAACCCUAAAUAAUGCACCAACUUGAUUCUAUAUAAGUUUAUAAUCUGAUACCAAAUCAAUGAUGUCAUAUGUUUCAUAUAAACAGUUAUGGUGCACACUUCA